CAUUAGUUAGUCGUCACCGCCGGGUAUAUAAGCUGUGGGAACGGGCGAGGAAGGCAGAAGUAUUCUUCUCCCAGUGCGAGGAUCAUCAGGGACCUGAGACAUCAAGUCUGCUGAGAUGAAGGUCUUAGUACUCGCCGCCCUAUUGGUGGCCGCCACCACCGGCAGACCCAGCCACGACGUGACCUCCGAGACCACGGCCUGGCCCUGGCAGGACGGCAAGCUGUACGAGUAUGAGGUGACGUCGCACACGCUGGCGACGCUGCCCGAGGGCGCCAGCGCCGGGGCCGCCCUGCGCGCCUCGCUGCAGCUGCGCGCGCGCGCCGGCCGCCUGCUGGCGCGUCUGCUGCUGCCGCGCCACGCCCGCGUGCACCAGCCCCUGCCCGCCCGCAGCCUGCCCGCCGACCUCGACUACAAGCCCUACACCUACCUCGACCAGCCCUUCGAGAUCUCCGUCGUCGGCGGCCGCGUCGUCGCCCUCAACGUGCCCGCCACGCUCAGCGCCGCCAACCAGAACCUGCUCAAGGGUCUCAUCAGCGCGCUGCAGGUCGACCUCACGCCCUACAGGACCGUGCGCGACUCCCACAGCUUCUUCAACAAGGAGACCUUCCAGGGACAGUUCUACAAGAAGGAGAUCGACGUGACGGGCGACUGCGAGACGCUGUACACCGUGGCGCCGCUGGCCGCCGAGUGGCGCCGCGAGCUGCCCGCCUUCGCCGACCACGACGAGCCCGUAGAGAUCACCAAGAGCAAGGACUACGGCAAGUGCCACCACCAGGUCGCCUUCAACUUCGGCAUCCCCGCGAGCGCCGUGUGGUCCGGCGUGGCCCUCAACCCGCAAUCCACGCAGCUCAUCAAGCGCCACACCGAGUCCCGCAUCAUCGCCGGCAAGCAGGGGCCCAUCUACCAGGCGCAGGUCACCAGCACCGUGCACGCCAGCCCGCUCAUGUACGGACAGCAGAAGGCCGAGGUCUACUCCGUCGUGAAGCUGUCCCUGCUGUCCAUCAAGCAGGACGACCAGGAGGAGUGGAAGCUGUCGGAGAAGAUGCGCGCCAUCAAGAACCUGCUGUACACGGUGUCGGCCGACGGAGUCCACAUCGACGAGAACUCGUCCGAGGAGUCCACGGAGCAGAUCGACUCGAUCCGCCGCCGCCGCGCCUCGCACGAGUCCGACGAGAUGCUCGACAUGUGGAGCUCGCAGGAGACCAACGACGACAUCGCCAACAUCGAGCACCCCGCCUACAUGCCCAUGUACAUGGUGCAGGGGAAGGAGAACAAGAACGCGCCCGCCACCGUGCAGAAGCUGGUGCAGGAGAUCGCGCAGCAGCUGCAGAACCCCAACAACAUGCCCAAGGCCGACACGCUCACCAAGUUCAACAUCGUGGUGCGCCUCAUCGCCGGCAUGAGCCAGGAGCAGCUGGCGCUCACCUCGCGCAGCAUCGAGGCCGCCAAGGCCAGCGACAUCAUCAUCAAGAACGACAUGUGGAUGGUGUACCGCGACGCCGUCACCCAGGCCGGAUCCAUGCCCGCCUUCCACCAGAUUCAGACCUGGAUCAAGACCAAGAAGCUCCAGGGCGAGGAGGCCGCCCAGGUCGUCGCCACCCUGCCCAAGACCCUGCAGUACCCGACUAAGGACCUCAUGAUCCAGUUCUUCAACAUGGCCAUGUGCGAGGAGGUGAUGAAGCAGCCCUACCUGAACAGCACGGCGCUGAUCGCCGCCGCGCGGUUCAUCAACCAGGGACAAGUGAACAACCUCACCGCCAUCUCGUACUACCCGACCUACAUGUACGGCCGCCUGGCGCGCCGCCACGACAGCUUCGUGGUCGACAUGAUCCUUCCCCGCCUCAGCGAGGACCUGAAGCAGGCCAUCGAGCGCGGCGACAGCCACCGCGCGCAGGUCGUCAUCAAGGCCAUCGGCAACCUCGGCCACCGCGCCAUCCUCGACGUGUUCACUCCCUACCUGCAGGGGCAGGUGGUGGUGUCGACCUUCCUGCGCCGCCUGAUGGUGGACAACCUGUACCAGCUGGCCAGCGAACGCGACCACGCGGUGCGCGCCGUCCUGUACAGCAUCCUGCGCAACUCCGCCGAGCCCUACGAGGUGCGUCUGUCGGCGCUGCAGAGCAUCUUCGCCGCGCAGCCGACGGUCGCCAUGAUGCAGGCCAUGGCGCGCAUGACCCUCGACGACCCCAGCGUGCAGGUGCGCGCCGCGCUCAAGGCCAUCAUCCUCUCCGCCGCCAAACUGAAGGACCAUCGUUUCCGUGACUUGGCUAAGAUGGCUGACUCUGUUAAGGAGAUCGUGACCAAGGAGAAAUUCGACAUUGUCUACUCACAGAAGCAGAUGAUUGACUUCUUCAGCCAGGACCAAGACCUGGGCUUCCUGGCGGUGCUGAGCUCCAUCGGCUCCGAGGACAGCCUGGCGCCGCAGUACCUGCGCUACUCCUGGUGGAACAAGGUCCACGGCUGGGGCAACAAGAACACUAUUGCCGCCUCCAUGUCCAACGUCCGCCAGUUCAUCGAGUACUUCAGCGAACAAAUGAACAUCCAGAAGAAGCAGGAGUACAAGACCUCCGACUUCAAGGCCAAGUUCUCCGCCGAGAAGAUCGCCGAGAUGCUGCAGAUCAAGCGCGACCCCGAGCAGCCGCUGGAGGCCGCCUUCGACAUCGAGAUCAUGAACCACCAGCGCUUCCUGGUGUUCAGCGAGGCCGACAUGCAGCAGCUGCCGCGCGAGUUCGCCCGCGGCAUCGAGCGCCUCGCGCAGGGCGUCGACUUCCACUACACCAAGAUGCUGAGCCCCGCGCGCGCCACCGUCAUGUUCCCUGUCGCCAUGGGCGUGCCCUUCAUCUACCAGUACAAGGAGCCCACGCUGCUGCACGUGCAGGGCAAGGCCAAGGCCAGCGUCACGUUCCCCGGCAAGGAGAGCAAGGACUUCGCCACCACCAUCGACAAGGAGAUCCAGAUCACGUUCGCCAGAAACAUUGACGGAAGCGUCGGCUUCUUCGACACGCUCUCCAACCAGUACUCCAGCGCGGGCGUCGUCAGCAAGAUCCAGUUCAACAUCCCCAUCAAGGCUCAGAUCAAGAUCGAGGCCGGAAAGCUCAAGUUCAACUUGGAGCCCCUCAACCCCGACAUGGACACGACCGUGGCGCACUUCAGCGUGUGGCCCUACACCGCCAGCCAGGCCAAGGACAGCCACGUGCCCGCGGCGCUCGACCCCACCACCAAGGUCAUCACCCGCUCCGAGAAGGUCACCACCGUCGACACCAAGUUCGGCCUCGUCUCCACCGGCAUCCAGUUCCAGGCGCAGGGCUACUCCUACUCCAAGGACUUCCGCAACUUCGGCAGCAUGAUGAAGGGAAAUGACUUCAUGUCGAACAUCAUCUUCGCCGCCUACCAGAAGGACGUCGCGCUCACCCACUAUAACUUCAAGUUCUUGGGCAAGCAGUCCGUGAACAAGCGCGUGUCGAUCACAGCCGUGUACGGUAAAUACUACAACCAGAAGAGCUCAGUGGACGUCCUGAAGCCGACCGACAUCUCGGACGUGUCCCCCGACAGCGCGGCGCGGCGCGAGCUGCUGGUGCAGCGCGUGGCCGCCGGCGUGACGCCCGCGCGCGUACAGCUGCUGGACCUCAGCGCCUCCUUCCUCGGCGCGCAGCCGGCCGACUACGUGCUGACGGCCGCCGCCGCGCAGAGCUCCGUCGACCCCAAGAUCCAGUACGCGCUGUUCGCCGCGCGCACGCACGCCAAGCUCGGCAACUCGCAGCUCAACGCCGUCGGCACCUUCAUGAAGCCCGAGAUCACCUCCAUGAACUUCCCUGAGGUGCUAAAGCAGGAGAUCAAGACCGACUUCAACGCCGACAUCAAGUUCGGAACUAGCGGCAAGAUCCAGGUGAUCGGAUUCCUUGAGCGCACCAAGAAGUACACCGAGAUCCUCAAGAACCUGCCGAGGUCGAAGCAGUGCAUGUCCGAGAUCGCCGAGAAGAACUACUACCAGCCGGCCUGCCACCAGAUGAUCAAGAUGGCGAACUCGCCCGACUUCCUGUCCGCGUCCGUCACCUACAAGGACGUGAGCCCGUCGGUCAAGAACAUGACGUACCAGCUGUACCGCCUGGCGCGCCACGCCGGCUUCUGGUACACGGAGGAGAACACGCUCCGCAGCACGGUGGACGGCAAGUUGGAGGUCACGCUCGACAUGUCGUACGUGCAGAACCGCUUCGAGCUGGCGGUGGCGAGCCGCGCCGGCGACCUGCGCGUGCGCAGCGGCUACCUGCCCGACGUGGCGCUCUCCGCCGCUGCCAUCUAUUCGCCCAUGUACACCAGCAUGGUCGACCGCGUCGUCAACUACUACACCGGACACCAGUACAUGCCCUACUGCGCGGUUGAAGACAACAAGAUCAAGACGUUCAGCAACCGCAGCUACUCGUACUCCAUGGGCGCGGCGUGGCACGUGGUGGCGCUGGACGACGCGAGCUACGCCGGCCGCCGCCAGCACGACCCGCGCCAGCUCGUGCUGCUCGCGCGCCGCCCCGUGCCGCAGCACCAGGAGAUCUACAUCUUCUACAGAACCGAACCCGGCAAGGAGAUGGAAAUCGAAGUGAAGCCCGCACCCGAGGGCUCCAACAAGAAGGGCAUCGUGAAGAUCACCACCAACCUGAAAAUGAUCUCCGAGGGCGAGCUCACCAUGUACUGGGACGAGGAGACCAAGAUGCCGCUGCUCAAGUACUACACGCUGGCCGACGGCUCCAUGGUGUUCAGCAUCGAGCAGGGCCGCGCGCGCGUCAUCUACGACGGACAACGCCUCGUCGUGCUGAGGAAGGAGAACCGCGGCAACUCGCGCGGCGUGUGCGGCUACAUGAGCGGCGACGCGCGCGACGACUACCUGACGCCGGCCGGCAUCGUGGACGCGCCCGAGCACUACGGCGCCAGCUACGCGCUGCGCGAGCACGCCACGCCCGCGCUGCUGGAGCUGCAGCAGCAGGCCGCCAAGCUGGCCUACCAGCCCGCGCAGCACUACACCGCCAUCCUGGCCGCCGACGCCGAGUGGAGCCAGUCCGUGCAGCGCGAGCACGUGUGGCAGCACGCCUACCGCGCGCGCUACUACGGCGCGUCGGCCGAGUGCCGCGUGCAGCAGCAGGUGCAGUACUACGAGCACCACGGCGACACCUGCGUGAGCACGCGGCAAGUGGCGGCGUGCGCGGCGCAGUGCCGCGGCGACGGCUACGAGGUGCAGCCCGCGGAGGUGGUCUGCGGCCCGCGCGGAGACAAGGUGUUCCACUCCUACGUGGAGCAGAUCCGCGCCGGCGGCAACCCGCAGGUCUCCGGCGUCACCAAGAUCCAGCAGUUCCGGGUGCCCAAGCGCUGCCUGGCCUGAACCCGACCCUCCCCUCAGUAUUCAAUGACGAGCAACCGCAUGGAAUAGGACGUGACUCAGCUAUUUAUACUUAUAGUAUUCGUUGGUUUUGAGUAGUGACGAAGUGAAUUCGUUCGUUUAUGAUAUAUCGAAAUUGUAUGUAGUUUUUAGAUAGAUAUUUAUGUAUGAUAAAUAUUAUAUUAAUAUGUAUAUAGAGCAAAUGAAAAUGAAAAUAAAAAAAUGACUGUAUGUUUAUAAAAAAAAA